UUCCUCUCCUCUUUCAUUCUUAUGCAACUAUAGCAGGUUUGGAGUUUGGAACCUUUUACAAGCAGGGCGCUGGGACUCAUUUUCACAAGGAUUCAAUUCCUCCCCACAAUCUCAGGAAUACAAAGGACCAAUGGACAGCACUUCAAUCCCCUCUCUCCUCUUGUUGGCAUUCCUCUCCUUUCUGACCACAGCUCGGUCUGGAAAAGUCCUGGUUUUCCCAGUGGAUGGAAGUCACUGGGUCAAUAUGAACCUUAUGAUCCAGGGUCUCCAUGACAGAGGUCACGAGGUCACUGUGGUUCGCACUGCCUCCUCCUGGUACGUGAAGGAAACUGCGCCGCACUACGCCUCGCUCACCAUCACCCUACCUGAAGCCAUUUCCAUAGAGAAGCAAGACUUUUUUGUGACUUUUCUUAUGAAGAUGUUGGCUAUAAAGAAAGAGGGAGGUUCGCCCAUGGCUUUUAUGUCUUUUUAUUGGGAAAUGCUAGGCGCCUUAUCCAAAAUACACCAGCAAGCAAGCAUGGUCGGUGUGCAAAUGCUUGAAAAUAAAACUUUGAUGCAAGAACUUCGAGAGGCAAAAUAUGACGUAGUCCUCAUAGACCCUGGACUACCUGUUGGUGUUCUUAUAGCGUAUGAGCUUGGUCUUCCUACUGUUUUUAAUGUGCGUUGGAUCACUAGCGGGGAAGGCCAUUUUGUUGUUGCCCCAUCACCAACAUCUUACGUACCAACUUCUGGAGUGGCAUUACCAGACACAAUGACGUUUUUGCAAAGACUCAAAAACACUCUACAUUACGGUUUGAACAUGUGUAUUGACAAGUUCGUAGUAUGCCCUGUUUAUGAUAGAUUAGUAGAGAAAUACUUUGGAUCUGGUGUUAGCUUUUAUCAUAUGUUACAAGCAGCAGAUAUCUGGUUAAUGCGUGUUGAUUUUGUGUUUGAAUUCCCAAGACCUACCAUGCCCAAUAUUGUUUACAUUGGCGGUUUUCAAUGCAAGCCGUCUUCUCCUUUACCACCUGAACUUGAGGAUUUUGUUCAAAGUUCUGGUGAUCAUGGGUUCAUCUUGAUGUCUCUAGGUACUCUUGUCAAAGGUUUACCCAAAGAAAUCACUUCGAAAAUCGCGGCUGCCUUUGCUCAGCUCCCUCAGAAAGUUAUAUGGAGGCAUGCAGGUGAGAAGCCAGAUAACUUAGGCAAUAAUACACUGCUGUUAAAAUGGUUGCCACAAAAUGACCUUUUAGGACACCCCAAAAUCAGAGCGUUUGUUGCCCACGGUGGUACCAAUGGAAUAUAUGAGUCUAUUUACCAUGGAGUCCCUAUAGUGGGUAUACCUCUUCUUUUUGACCAACCAGAAAAUGUUCUGCGAUUGGAAGUUCGAGGAGCAGCAAAGGUUUUGGACGUAACACAAAUAACUACCGAAGGUUUUCUAGACACAGUUAGGGAGGUUGUCAAUAACAAUUUUUAUAGAAACAACAUGAAAAGACUGUCCUCUCUCCACCGGGAUAAGCCCAUGCACCCUCUCGACACCGCCCUCUUCUGGAUAGAGUUUGUAAUGAGGAACAAAGGGGCGGCACACUUGCGUACAGAGUCCUAUAAGAUGCCAUGGUAUUCCUAUUACUCUGUGGAUGUGGUGAGCUUUUUAAUAGCUGCGGUUUCAAUGUUUACAGUAAUAUUUUUUGCAGUUGUUCGUUUCCUGUGCUGUAGAAUCAUUCGAAAGAGGAAACCAAAGCAAGAGUAAUUUAUGACAAACUAUGCAAAAGACUAGAACUGCAAUAAUCUCCACACAAAUGAAAUGGAAUAUACUUGAUCAUUAUGAUGUACUGUUUAACAAAACAUACAAUGAAGUAGUAAAAUAAAGAUUUUAUUUUUUAUUUUAAA